ACUGAUUCUGCUGGCGAAGUCAAACUCUCUGUCAAAUCUCGCGAUACUUGCGCAUGAUACGGACGUUACCAUAGAAACGGACUGUCUGGUUAGCUGGGGAGAAUACACGGUCAGCAGAACAUUAGCAGGUAUUAGACCCCGACUACAGCAGCGACUCACCACAACACAACACAACACCGCGAGCGCGAGACCGAGCGCGAGGAGCUUCAUUAUUACACCUUAUCACGCGCUGUGUCCGGAUAAAUCCGCGUCACUCAUCUCUUCUACAUUAUUACUGCACUGGACUCUACAUUUUAUUCUGAAAAACACUCCGAGUGGAGUUCCAUCAUCAACAUCAUCACCACCACCAUCACCAUCAUCAUCAUCAUCAGCAGCAGCAGCAGCUUUUUACUGCACAUCUUUGAUGAUGGUGUUCCAGUCGGAGCGAGUGCCGCUCUCCCGCAUCCUGCCACAGCUUUACCUGGGAGCAGAGAGUGACGUCACACAGGACUGUCUGUCUGCUCAGGGGAUUUCGUAUGUGCUGAGCGUGAGCCGCUGCUGCCCUCAGCCCUCAUUCCUUCCCCAGUCUCAGUACUUGCGCAUCCCCAUAGACGACUCUCUGAGGGACGACCUGCUGCCGUGGAUCCCUCAGGCCCUGCGCUUCAUCGACGGCGCCAUGUCUCUCGGCUGCUCGAUCAUCGUCCACUGCGCUGCAGGAAUCUCCCGCUCUCCGGCUCUCGCUGUGGCUUACGUCAUGUACAGCCUGGGAAUGGAUCUAGAUCACGCUUACAGGUUUGUGAAAGAGCGCAGACCCACAAUUUCCCCGAACUUUAACUUCCUGGGUCAGCUCCAGCUGUUUCAGCACACACUUCCUCUGAAGAGCGGCGACGCUACCCCACACACCCAUCAGCCAAUCAUAUCGCCCAACACAUGCACGCAGUUGGCCAAUAGCAGCUCAUCUACAGGUCUUUUAAAACAGGACAGUUAUGAUGUCAUUAAAGGACAUGGUGCCGACACCAGAGCCGAGAACAUCCGGCGUUCCAGCGACGUGAUCCAGCCCGAGUUUACUUUAUCUCUCUCAGACAAGCUCAGAACUCUGACUCUCAGCGUGGAGCGUGUGGAGGUGCAGAGACGAGCCGGCACUCAGCCGGAAACACACUCUCACACACACACUCCCACGGCACAGAAACCCACGCACCUUCACAUCCCAUCGCUCUCAGAGAAGCGGAAAAGCCUCAGUCUGUCUCUGACGCCGCUCGGUCCUGCUGCAGCUACACACACUGACCAGCAGAGGGCGACAACUCUCCCGGACUCGAGUCAGAACCAGUCCUGCAGUUCUCCCACUGCCCACAAGGUGGAGGCAGGAGGCCCAGAGAAGGAAGCAAACCAUUUGAUGAGCAGAGGAACAUCAAUGAGAUGCAGCAGGACGCAGAAAAGAAGGAGCGAGGAGAAGAACGGCUCUCCUGCUGUUCACAGGGUGAAAGAAGAGCAAGCGAGGGUGAAGUCAGGGCUGCAGAGAAGGGAGCGAGGCAGGAGGACGGUGCAGUCACAAACACAGAGCGUGUGCAGUUCCACUCCUCGCCAGAAGGAGGCGACAGGAAGAGAGCUCUCAGGCUGUGCGGUGGAGGCCCUGGAGGUGAUGGAUGGAGACCAGAGUCCGGUGUCACCCAUCCACCUCACCAUCAACAGACUGCUGGGCUGGGGUGAGCGCAUGCUGCUCGGGGUUCUCCUCGGACCUCACAUCAAGGUGGGCCACGCCGCCCUGCCGUACAGGUGCUGAACACAAACUCGCGCCGAAGGAGCGCUCCAAGAAACACAAAGAGACAAAAGACUUCACUGAGAUCCGCUAGCAAAGCAUCCGAGGCUGAAGAGAAGCGUGUGUGUGUGUGUGUGUGUGUGUGUGUGUGUGUGUUAAGUGUGUGUAAGUGAGUGUGUGAUUGUGAUUCCACCGGACUGCAUGCAGGUCUUUUAUUUUAAUCCACUGCUUCGUCAUAAAUCAUAAAAUUGUGGUUCAGCUGCACUGAAAGUGUAAAUACGAGUGAAGACACAGCCUGUGUGUGACUUUAUUAUUUAUUGGAUUAUUGAUUAAUGUUAUAUUUAUAAACGGAUAUUUUCAGGUUGAUUUGCUGUUUUAGCGCUGCGGCUUGUACCGAGACACGGUGUUCAAUAAAGAAAACAUAUUUUACA